AAAUCAGACAGGUGAAACAAUACCAUUGGACCUUCUUUGAAGAUGGAGGCAAACCAUGCUUGCCAUGGUUUGGCUCAUCCACAUGGUUAAUAUUAAUAACAUCCACAGGAAAAAGUGGGAAUUAGAAGGCUUUAGAGAGAGGCGAAGGUAAAGAUAUAUAUAGCUAGAGAAGGGUGGUAUAUUUUGAUGAUGGCUGAUGCAUUUGAUGAAGAGUGUGAUUAUCUGUUCAAGACUGUGUUGAUUGGUGACUCUGGAGUUGGGAAAUCAAAUCUGCUGUCAAGGUUUGCAAAAGAUGAAUUCCGGUUGGAUUCGAAGCCCACUAUUGGAGUUGAAUUUGCUUACAGUAAUAUCAAGGUCAGAGACAAACUCAUCAAAGCUCAGAUAUGGGAUACUGCCGGCCAAGAGAGGUUCAGAGCAAUCACAAGCUCGUAUUACAGAGGAGCCUUGGGGGCAAUGGUGGUGUAUGACAUAACGAGGCGAUCAAGCUAUGAGAAUGUAAGAAACUGGUUAUUGGAGCUGAGAGAGUUUGGUGGGGAAGACAUGGUGGUUAUUCUGGUGGGAAACAAAAGUGAUCUGGGUCAAUCAAGAGAAGUUGAGAAGGAAGAAGGUAAAGGGUUUGCAGAGACAGAAGGGUUGUGUUUCAUGGAAACCUCUGCUCUGAAGAAUCUGAACGUUGAGGAAGUGUUCUUAGAAAUGAUUACAAAGAUACUUGACAUCACAUGCCAGAGAAGUUUGGAAGCCAAAGUUGACGAGAAACCGAUUAAUGUUUUCAGUGGGAAGGAGAUUCAUCUAGUGGAUGAAGUCACUGCAACUAAACAAGCCACUUGCUGUUCAACAUAAAAUUUUGAAAGAAUCUGAGUGUUUGAU